GGUCCUGUAGUGAAUGUCCUGUACGGGCUGCAGUUGGUUUUUCUUUAUAAAUUAUUCAUUUUCUUUCCGGUCGCUCUUUAAACUUCAUUUUCUGUGGAGAGACGCGUUUAUUUCUCCAUGGCUCCCACGAUACAGACACAAUCGCAGCGCGAGAACGCGCACCGGAGUUCAGCACACAGGAGUGUGCCAGAGAGGUCUGGUGUUGUGUGCCGAGUGAAAUAUGGAAAUAGUCUUCCAGAUCCCUUUGACCCGAAGUUCAUCACCUACCGUUUGACCAAGCACAGGUUUGUGCAGUACAAAGCCACUUCUCUAGAGAAACAACACAAACACGAGCUGCUAACUGAACCAGACCUGGGUGUCACGAUCGAUCUUAUUAACCCUGAUACAUACCGCAUAGACCCUUCAGUCUUGUUGGACAUUGCUGAUGAGAAACUGUUGGAAGAAGACAUUCAGGCUCCGUCCAGCUCAAAGAGGUCGCAGCAGCAUGCGAAGGUGGUACCAUGGAUGAGAAAGACAGAGUACAUUUCCACAGAGUUCAACAGAUACGGCAUCUCCAACGAGAAGGUGGAAGUCAAGAUCGGUGUGUCAGUGAAACAGCAGUUCACAGAGGAGGAGAUCUAUAAAGACAGAGACAGUCAGAUUGCAGCCAUUGAGAAGACGUUUGAGGACGCACAGAAAUCGAUUACUCAACAUUACAGCAAACCCAGAGUCACACCUGUGGAGGUGCUGCCCGCCUUCCCAGACUUUAAGAUGUGGAUUAAUCCAUGUGCUCAAGUCAUCUUUGAUUCAGACCCAGCACCUAAAGAUGUGUCUGCACCUGCCGGAGUGGAUAUGAUGUCACAGGCCAUGAUCAGGGGUAUGAUGGAUGAAGAGGGGAACCAGUUUGUGGCGUACUUUCUGCCGAACGAAGAGACAAUGCGCAAACGCAAGAGAGACGCAGAGGAAGAUGUGGAAUUCAUGCCUGAUGAAGUGUACGAUUACAAGAUCGCUCGUGAGUACAACUGGAACGUGAAGAACAAAGCCAGUAAAGGUUACGAGGAGAAUUACUUCUUCAUCUUCAGAGACGGAGACGGUGUUUAUUAUAAUGAGCUGGAGACCAGGGUGCGUCUGAGCAAGCGUCGUGCGAAGGCCGGAGCUCAGUCAUCCACAAACGCUGUGCUGGUGUGUAAACACAGAGACAUGAACGACAAAGAGCUGGAAGCUCAGGAGGCCCGCAAGGCUCAGCUGGAGAAUCACGAGCCAGAGGAUGAAGAAGAGGAGCUGAACAUAGACAGAGACAUGCAGGACUCUGGUGAGGAGAGAGAGAAAGCGAGCGAGUCUGAGAACUCCGAGAGCGAGGACGAGGAACGGCCGGCAGAUGAGGAUCGUCGUGAGAGGAAGAGCAGCAGCAGCGAGAGCGGUGAGGACCGGCAGGCGCGUGAUGAAGAGGAGAUCUUCGGCAGUGAUCUUGACAGUGAGGAUGAUGAUGAUGAUGAUGGUGGCAGGCGAGCGAGAAGCAACAGCAGCAGUGAGAAGAAGAGCGGCAGUGAGGGAGCGUCAGAAUCCAGCGACGGCAGCGACAGCGAAUGAAACCCGCCGCUGGUCCCCGCCUCUCUCUCUCAUCAUUAUAAGCUGAACGAACAUGUCUUGGUUCUUCUCAGAUACUUUCAGUUUUCUCCGGCUUGAUGAAACCUAUUUUUAUUUUGAUUUGGUUCUUUUUUUUAGUCUUCAACACGUCACUCUUGUGUUGUUUUAGUGUUGUACAGGCAUAUUACAUUAGAACACGUCCAGGUCACUGUUCACCCUAAACAUUCAAAGCAUUAUAAUUAUGCAAUUAUAUUUUGCUUAAGGAUGAUGAAGAUUUUUUUUAUCACAAUAAAGUUCCGCUCCCCAUUACUGUAAUGCAAUAUAUAAAAAUAAUCUGAACUGCAUGUUGUGUAUGUAAAUACAUAAAGCUUAAACUGCUACAAAACUACCAUGAUGUACUAUUUAAAUCAUUCAAAUGAAAACAAUACCACUGCACAAAAGAAGAUUUAUUUUAGGUUUGGGGUGAAAUCUGGACGGAUUUUGUAUGAAUACGAACAAAUAAAAGUGUAUAAGAAUUGAACUGAAUGAUGGUGUUUGAUUGAACUGAACUUGUGUACCUCAUGAAGUUGUCCUUCAGAUUUUGAUGUACCGAUUAAUUUCAUACUUAAAUGUUACUGUAUAAGCAUUGUAAAUAAACAAUGAUUUUGUUAAAACCAAGUUUGUAUUCUAUAUGAAGCCUUUAAAAUAUCUUUGGGUCACUGCAAAGGUCAUGUACAGACUAUAAAGUGAUAAAACAACAUGUAGUCAAAAAUGAAAUGAUUUUGUGGU